UCUAAAACAAAGUUAUGUGGCUCGUCUUGUGUAAAGGUAGACACCACAACAACUUGACUUUCAAAACUCGGUAAAUGUAUCGGUACGGUACAGUCUUCGGUUUUAUAUGCUAGGUAAGCGGUAUAAUCUGCCCAACAGUUUGUGUACAUAUUUUACUCCAAAAGCAUUUCUUUCAACUUCCAAGCACAUGAUGAAUGGGGUAAAGAUGCAAGCAAUGCCUGGAAGAGUGAUGAUGGAUGAGAAGGUUGAACUCCAAAUCAAAGGCCUGACGUCUAGUGCUACUGUUACAGUGAAGUCAUUCCUGGAGGAGAGGGGGAUGAAGUUUGGAGCUUAUGCACAUUUUAUUGCCAACAGUAAUGGAGAAGUGAACACAGCCACAUCACCAUCUCUUGGUGGAUCGUACACAGGGACUGAUGUAAUGGGAUUAUAUUGGAGUAUGGUACCAGUGCCUGGUCAACGAGAUGGACUGAGACUGAUGAAGAAGGAUGUUACAACACCCUACAAUGUACAUAUAUCAUUGCUCAGUGGACACAUUGACCCAUACUCUCCCAACAACAAUGUUCAGGUCCCAGUAGCUGAGGCUAAUAUUGAAAGACUUUAUAUGGCUGAUAAUGUGGAAAGAAUACCAGUUAGAGAAGGAGCUUUACGUGGAGCACUUUUUGUACCAAAAGGCCAGGGGUCUUAUCCAGGUGUGAUUGACCUCUUUGGAGCUGCAGGUGGCUUGAUAGAACACAGAGCCUCACUGCUGGCAUCAAGGGGAUUUGUUGUGUUAGCAUUGGCAUACUUUGGUUAUGAAGACUUACCAAAGAAAUUUAUGGAUGUGAACUUGACAUAUUUUGGGGAAGCUGCAGAAUGGCUGAGUCACCAUCCAAGUGUGACUCCGGGUGGUAUUGGAGUGAUUGGAACAUCUAAAGGUGCACAAAUUGCUCUGAUCUCAGCAAUUCAUUUUCCCCAGGUUAAGGCUGUGGUCACUGUCAGCGGGCUAGCAUUUGUGGACUUUAUGGAAAUGAAGAUUGGGGAUAAAAUAUUGCCAGCAGCUAAUGGUGAUCUAGCCAAUGUAUCUAUGUGUGAUGGUGGCAUUUGUUUUAAAACCUGUUUCCCUGAGGAAAUAGAAGAGGAAUAUAUGAUAAAGGUAGAACAGAUCAAUGCUCCUCUUUUAUUGUUUUUUGGAGCAGAUGAGCCAUCAUUUGAUGCUCCCCAGAGUGCAAAAAUGAUUUCAGAACGGUUACAUUCUUGUGGACACAAAGACUAUGAGAUCCAUGUAUAUGAUGGGGCAGGACAUCUUAUUGAACCUCCCUAUGCACCUCAUUGUAAAACAUCUUACCACAAGGUCCUAGGCACUAUAAUAGCAUGGGGAGGAGAUGCACAGGCACAUAUAAAAGCUGAGGUACAUCACUGGAAGAGAACACUGGAAUUCUUCAGAAAACAUUUGUCUGCACCUGUGCCCUCUAAAUUAUGACACGCAACUUUAUGUACCUGCCAACUGUUAUCUGUGCUAUAUUCAAUUUGAUGCUGAAUUCAGUCAGUAGAUGAUAUUUUUUAUUAACAAAAAAUUCAAAAUUGUGGCUGAUUUUAAAAUAUAUGCAUCAGAGGCUAUUUUUGUAUAAAAUAAAAGUGAGAAGUGUCAACGCUUACAUGAAGUGCAAAUAUGAAUUUUAAAAGUAACUGUGGGUUAGCUGUGCCCAUAUUUUUUAUGUAUCGUCUAAUAGAUUUAUGUCAAAGAUAUGAAAGUCUGCUUUUAUUGUGAUUGUUAUACUUUGAAAUAUCAGAAAGAAAACAUUCCUGCGAGCCACUGUAUAAAAAUGUGCAAUGUCAUUACUUGCAUUAUUAUUAUAAUGUUAUAAAAUACAUUUGCAAAAUUCACUGCAUUUCUGUAGGGUAAAGACAUCUUGUAGGUAUAUACAUGUAACCUUAUAUCUAAAUUCAGAAGCAUAAGUAAAUGUAAGUUGUGCAAAGAAUAUUAUCUUCAUAUCAUGUUAAUGCCAUUGUUAUAAUCUUUGCAUGGGAUACAGUCUGUGGGACAGGGAAUGAGGAAUGAAGCAACAUUGUGCUUGAUGUGCUUGGAUGAGACGUCUAGCUUAAGUUGGUAGUAAAUUCAAAACGUACAUCAUGUCCAUGCUGUAUAUCAGCUUCCUCUCCUUUCUUCAACCACUUCAUCUAAUUCAUUAGUGAGGCAAUUGUUUUGUUUCCAUGAAACUUCUGUUUUAGGUGAAUUGCAAUCCAUGCUGUAAAUGAAGACUAACUGUAUUACAUCAGAUUAUGUUGCUUUUUCUGUUCCAAUUUCUGCUGCUGACAAAGUUAUUACAUGCAGGCACUUAGUGCUACAUACAUUCUGAUUACUGUGCCUGUAAUUGAGCCAGAUUUGGUGCCUAAUAUUUGGUUGUUUUUGGUCAUGCACCGGAUGGCCUUGUGGUUAGAGUGUCGGCCUCUGGAGCAGGAGGACGUUGGUUUGACCCCAUCCUGGGACAUACCAGUCCUUUAUAAAGGGUACCUGCUGUCUCCCCGCAUGGAACUCAGCACUUACGGGAUGAAGUAGGGUCCUGGUCAGGCAGAGAACGUUUGAAAGCACUCAGCACCUCAUACGACAGCGGAGCUGUAUCCUUCACAGGGAGGCGAGAUCGCUCACACAGAUUGUAAUGACCAGUCGUAAGGCGUAGCAGUUGCGCCGGCGUAAACCAGGCGCAAAUCGCUACGCCCGAGUAUAGCCAGUUGCACCAAACUAGAAUAGUGUUUAUGUCGGUCUUAACUUAGUCGUAAAUUUACGCCUGCCAGCUAGGUGGUGUAAGUCGGUUGUAGCUCGUUUUCCACUAUGGCUAGGCAAGUACAGAGAGAGUUUGAUGACAAUUAUUGUAGUUAACGUAGAAAAUGUGGGUUGUUAUUUGUUAGUUUCUUACUCAAAUCUUCCAU